UUCCGGGUUAAUUUGUGAUAUGUAUAUAGUUGAUUUGUAAAUAUUAACACACUUAAUAUCUACGGUUUUAAAGAAAGCAUAACAUGAUUGCAAUGAUUAUUACUAUUGUGUUGGCUUACUUGGAAUUAGCGUAUGCAGUUCGCGUGGUAAAGUUCGGUUUAUCUGAAGGCACUGUACCAGAGAAAGGCAGAGAUAUAUCAAUGCUAUGUGAGGUUGAGAUUUCAGCAGAUGAUGGAAUUCAUACAUUAAAAAUAUUGAAAGGAGACACACACAUUGCUGACUGUUUUAUGAAUGCAGGAAUAUGUAGUAAGGUACAUGGUGUUUCAACAAGAUACACAUUCUCAAACAAUCAACCAUCUGUGAUUAUCUCAAUAACAAAUUUACAAAUAGCAGAUGGUGGAAACUGGUACUGUGGUUUUCAGACGACAGACAAUACACUGUUCACCUUGAUGAUCUAUUGUAAGUUCUGAUUAUUAUAACUUACAGCAUGAACGAAACAUUGGGGAAAAGGUUGAAAUAGCAGGUUGAAAAAGGUGAAAAAGCAGGAAUUU